AUGGCUCCACCAUUUCCUUCCCAAAUCAACAGCUUGGCAACAGCUCCAACCAACGAUGAGAUCGAGAUCUUAAACUCAACACGCUUGACAAAUCAACACGCAAAUCUUCGCCAACAGGUUCAUAUUGAUCCGGCCCACCGCAAUAUGGAUCAUCGUCGCAAUCCAACAGCCACAAACUUGGUAGCGGCAGAUCAAGCUAGAGGUAUGUUAACCUUUUAUUCCAUAUCUGUGUUCUUCGAUCAAAUGCUGACAAUUUUUUCCAUCCUUUUGCAUCAAGCUUUGACUAACUCGAUCUACCAGGUGCGUGAAAUCCGACGUGAAAGGUUUGCUGCAGCACAGGGUGUUGAGAACUCUGAAAUUGCUCAUCGUGACCCCAUGCUGGACCAUCGCGAGGCGCCUAUUCACAGGACCGGAAACUUCAGCAGUGCUCUGGCCGACCCUCAACAGUGUGGAGCUAGACCCACCUACCACCCUACAUGUGGCCUCCUUCAAGUUGGAUUGGGACGUCUCACUGUCCCUUCACCACCUCCAAAGCCGCACCAAGUUCAAAUGAAUCCUCGAGUCAUACCUGAUCAGCGUCCCACCGAGUUACCAGUGAAAAUGGUCACCCUCCGACUCUUUCACGAGGCUUAUUUUCAUGGGCCAAAGGACACAAAUCGUCCUUCAACUAGCAGAUCUUCAUCUAGAAAAGCCACUGAAAAAUUCGUAUGGAACUGUGACAAAACCGACAAGAACGAUACCGGACCUGAGAAUUGCAUCACAAUCGAUUUAAAUCAUAUAACACCUCAAGCUGUGAUCGACUUGAUGGUGGGAUCUCUCAACCAUCUACAAGCCGGUCUUGGUACCUACUUAAUCAACGUCUCUGCACCUCAGUCAGUUACUUGGCUUGGUGUCAGUCUCACACCAAAAUGUCACUUCCGCGAUCAGAAAUACAACCUUCAAAACAGCAUUGAAUGGAACAGUUUCAAAGGACUAGCCGAUCAUUCCACUCAAGCUAGCUCUGCUGGACUUUUGGCUCAAAUGGCAAAUCCCGAUGUUCAGAUUGCUGCCGCACAAAGAAAAGAAAAGAGAGGGAAUUACUUAGGUUCUUGGAAUACUCAACGAGCUGUUGUGAAUAAUCAGCCAAGUGGUUCAGCAGCCGCUUUGUCAAUUACCACCGAAAACUCACCUUCGGUUGUCACUGCGGCUUUAAAAGCUCAACUCACUAAGAACGGUACUGAACAAUGUCGAUACAGAGAUCCCAUCGAUAACAAGAAAUGGUCAAUCAUGACUCCUCGCAAGAUCAAAAUCUGGGUUGAUCAAAUUAUUGCAGCACAUAACAAUGGGCGCACGGACGUUGAUAUAUACACUCCUCCCAAAGAACCUGCAUUCAAGACUUUUCUCAACGGAAAAGUUCCUCCGGGCUAUGUGGAGUUUCCAAAUGAUCCCCCACCAGCAGGGUUCAUGGCUUUGGCUCCAACACCUUUGGCACCACCAACAUUCCCCUUGGCGGCCCCAACUCAAGUACUUGAUGAUUGUAUUUAUCAAAAGAAGUAUUCUGGAAACAUGGAAGACUUCUUAGAAUACGCGGAAUUCCUUCCAAGUGAUACUAGCUUGAGGGCGAGCUUGAGUCAGGCUCAUUACACUCGGUGGAGUGAUCUCAAGCCAACCACCGAUAUGAACCUUGCCAAAUUGAACCGAAUUGGAAUCCCUCCAGGCGAUGCAAGCCAUUUAAUGGCUUGUGCAGUUAGGUAUCAGGGAUUCUUGAUGGCAAAACUUGCUGCUAUUGAUGCGCAACAGCUUUGA